GUUUGAACAUUGCAGCAUCUGGAAGAAAGCAGAGACUCUAAAAAUCUGCUGGAACAAAGCUACUUUCUUCCAGCCAACAUAGCUCUCUGGGUCAUUGAAGCACACUAGCCUGGAACCCAUGACAAAUUUGUGGUCCUCUUGGAGGAGCUGGCAUGACCAACAGCAGGUUAGAAGUUCUGACUAUCAGGAAGAAGAAUUGGAAAUGGGACUGCUGUGUGAGCUCCUUGUUUUCUUCAGCCUGCUACUCAAUAUCUUUGCCAGCUUGAAUAAUUGCCAGGAGAAUGAGUACAUGGAUGUCGACGGAAACUGCAAAUUGUGUAAGGAGUGUGGACCAGGACAAGAAGUGUCAAAGGACUGCGGUUUUGGAGUUGGCGCUGAUGCUCAGUGUGUGGCCUGCAGACCCAACAGGUACAAGGAAGGUUGGGGAUGGCAGAAGUGCAAACGGUGUCUCUCUUGCUCCCUUGUGAAUCGAUUUCAGGAAGUGAAUUGCACGGUUUCUAGUAAUACUGUGUGCGGGAAAUGCUUGCCUGGAUUCUACAGGAAAACCCGGCUUGGAGGAUUGCUGGACACAGAGUGCAUUCCCUGCAGUGACCCAGUCACGCCCAGUCAGUCCCAGUGUACCUCCAGAACAGAUGUGGAGAAGGUUCUGAGCUCCGCCGCUCCCCCGUAUGACACUGCCCUUGUCGCUGUGAUCUGCAGCGCCCUGACGACAGUCCUACUGGCUGCGCUACUUCUCUGUUUCAUCUACUGCAGACGGCUGAUUGCAGAAAAGCAGAGCAAUGGACUUCAGAGGCCCCGAAUGCAUGAGCAAGCCAGAGACGAGUCUUUGUCGUCUGAGGGACAAUUGGGUAACAAAAGCACUGAAGGAUUGGUGAAAUACUGUCAGAAUGCCAAUGCUGUGAAUAAUUCGCCACAAUCUCUCGGGCCAGCUGAUGUGGUUCAGCCUGAAGAUGCACCGCUUACCUUGAGAUCAUGUUUCGUGACCUAUCUGUGUCCGUCGGGAUCUGAUGACCAGGACAGAAGCACUGUUACAUGUGCUACAUUCUCCAGCUCCGUUCCACAUGGCUCUCCUGAAGGCCAACCACUGGUCCAAGCAACUGGCUGCAGCAAUUGUCCAACCCCAAGAUCUUCAAAUGGUGGACUAGAUGGUACAUUCCUCCUGGAAUGUGAUGAAAGUGUCAGUAUUCUGCCUGUGGGAGAAGGCUACAACACCACUCUGGUGCAUUGUGCCUCAAGGUACCAAAGCAGACUGCAGCAUGUCCCAGUUGAAUGCACUGAGCUGGACCUGCAAGAGUAUGUGGCGGAUGUACAAGAUGAAUGCACUGUCGUGGCCCAUGAGACUGCAGCACACUACCAGCCCUCAAGACCACAUGUAAGGCCUCAUACAGCCUCCGGUAGCAUUAGAGCUGAUCCUAGUGCAAAGCAGUUGUGGAUGUGGAAGCGUAGUGAGAGCAAAUCAGAGGAAUGCUACAACAUUAGAUGUGGUAACUUUCAGCUUCACAGUCCAUCCACUGGGAAUAACUGGAUCCCUGAUUUGGAAAACGUUGGUCAGAAAAGCCCAUGAACCUACUCAAGGUGUGUGCAUUUAGCUCCUGCAGAGAUUGUGGAAGGUUGAGUACUGAAGAUGGAUUUUUCCCACUGAGCCCGAAGGGGAAGAGGCAUUUAGAAAACAGGAACCUCACAGGAAGAUGGGGAAUGACAGGAGGGGAGCUGAGCCUCUUUAGCUACCUUGACUAUCGUACCCUGACAUUGGUGCCGGAUCCCUUGAAGACCCUUCAGCCGCUGCAGUGAUGUGACGUUUGGAUCAUCUUGGCAACGCCAUCAGUGGAACACAAUUGACGAACAUUGAUUGGACCAAUUAAAUUGUAGUUAUUAGGGACGGGUUUAAGUUUUCCUCUAGAAUGGUGAGGUAGUGAAGCCUAAUAGAUUUGAGGACCAGUGACACAAAAUCUGGUUGCAGUCUUAAAAAGGGCAUGAGGACCAUUUAGACAAUCCAAGUUUGUUACUGAGGAGCAAUUUUUGUCUCUGCUAUUCCUGUGAUGCUUUUCAGUAACGAGAUUACUUUCUGGAAGAUGUGGAACUUCAGUUCUCUACAUAUUGCUGGUAUUCAUUGGCAGUAGCUCAGUAAUACUACAUAAUAAAUACCUGUAAUAGCAGCAGCUGAGCAAGGGCUCAAGAAGCAAUCAGAACACCAUUAUUCCCACUAGCCUUAAGGUGAAAAUGUAAGAUGAGAUAUCUUCUGGGGGAAAUUGUGAAAAACAUUAACCAUUAAAGAACAUGUCUGAAAUAUUUUGCAGGGCAUUCAGGAAAGAAAUGAACUUAAUACUGUGAUUUAACCCUGUGGAAUUUUAUAUUCUGUCAUCUUCUACUAGGAGUUUCUUGAAUUAAACUGACUGUUUCUUUGUUUGUGUGCUGAUACUCCAUUUUUGCUAAUUAUUUUGAUAA